CAGUUAUGUGGUGCAUUGCCAUUUACGUGGAAAGGGGUGUGUAACAGCAGUGCUAUAACUGCACAAACCGCACAUGGCACACGUUAUAACGAGGCUGUACGCCAAAACAAUGAUAAAGUGACGUAGUGUGGCGUCAUAUCGUCAUCAUGGGACAGAAUAUGCUUAUAGCGGAAAGUAGGUGUUUCCCUCUACCGGUCAUUGAAAGUGCACUGGCGUGCUAACAUGUUGUUUACUUCAAUGUUCCUCAUUCUAAAGUUAUACAGCCAUUAAAGUUAUUUAGUGGAGAAUGAAGCUUUUAGCUUUGAUUUUAAUUUUACAAUCAUUAGAAGUUGUAUUGGGGUCUUGGUAUUCGCUUGCUACGACCGAGUACUUCGUUAACGCAAGUGGAAAGAUUGUUAAGAGCUACAAAGCUGCAGUAGAAGCGUGUGCUUUAAUGAACGCUACACUUGCUCUCGUUAAAACUGAACAAGUUCACAGUUUUCUAGUUGAGAAAAUUGGUAACGUUACAAGUAUACCAUAUUCUUUCUACAUUGGUUUAAAACGUUCCAAUGUAAGCACAACCGGAUUCCAAUGGAACGACGGGGCAAACGAAACCGCGAGUAAUACGCUGUGGUUGAAAGGGGAACCGAACAAUAAUUACAGGAUAGAAAAUUGCGUUCAAAUGGGACUUCGCGAACCGCGCAAAAUAAUAUUGUACAAAUGGAACGAUGUAUUUUGCAAUGCACCUGGGCGCUACAUAUGUCAACGCUCUGGAGCUAUAACACCCACCGCAAGUAAAUCACCUGCGCCCUACUACGUCAUAGCAAUUGUGGGUAUUAUUUUUGUUGCAGCAGCUGGUUGUGCUUUGUUUUACUUCAAGAAGAAAGGAAAUCCCGCAUCAGAAAAACAAGUCACCAACGAUGCAGUUGUAGUAGACAACGUCAUUUACAAUGGGUACAAUAACACUCUGGAAAGUCCCGUGAACACAGUAACAGACAUGCAUGGACAUUCUGCUGUAUACUCCGAGAUCACUGAUCUAAUCUAGUGGUUCUUAAAGCAGAACCGAAGUCGAUUUUUAUAAGUGAAGAUCAAAUAGUUCGUACUGUGCUUAAUGUGCACGUUGAAAAUGGUACCGUCAUUAAGAUAACUUAGGUUUGCAACGGUUACGUUGGAAACAUUUUUGUCUCACUUACCCCGACAUGUAUACCGGAGAUCCAUUACUACUUUUUUUCACGGCCGUCUAUAUACUUAUUAUUAUUAUUUAUAUUAUUUGUCACCUGGUCAAUACUAAUCCACUUAUUGUGUUACAUGAAAUACCUGAUGCCAUAACAUCAUUUAUUACACUUCGACCAAAGAGAUUAAAACCAGAUUGGUUUUUAUCUCUUUGCUUCGACCAUGUUUGACUUGUAUUAAAUGUAGAGUUGAGCGCAAUUAACCUCUUUUGUUGAAACCCCGUAGCUUCACUGUUAUUUUAAGUAAUCGGACCUUACCCAUGUAGAAUGGAUAUAAUAGAAACGCCUUAAUUGCUAUAUGUUAAAUUAUUUUAUAUUUCCACGGUAAAGAAUUUAACUUACAUGACAAUAGUGUUUGCAUGCAAAAUCAGAACUCCCGUAUUCCUACAUGUCAUCUGUUUCGAUUUUCGUGACGUCAAUAAAUCAGCUGCACGUCACG